UUUGGCAUCAUCGUCAUUGCAGUCACUCCAGACGGAUAUACCUGCACUUAGAGGUCUAGCUUCUUCUUGCGGUGACACGGAUGGAGGGUUUCCCACAUUCCACUCCGGGUUCUUUUCUUCUCUGUUCGCUGCCCUUAAAGAUCCAGACAAUCCCUUCCUUUCAGUUGGCUACAAUACACAACUUUCUUCUCUUUCAAGGUGGUUCUUUUAAACUUUUCCCCCGGCUCAGUCCAUCUUGACUUAUUUCUUCCCCACCAUCGCCACCAACGCUCCUGUCUCACCACCAUCACCACCUUUUCCUUCGCGGCAAUACACGAACUUGUCAGUCCCCUCUUACAACUAUGGCAUCCAACGGCACCAACGGUCACCAUGCGAAUGGUUCGAAUGGCACCAACGGUCACGCAAAGACUUCUUGCCAUACCGCCUCCACCAACGAGGCCAUUCAGACCGAGAAAAAAUUCGCUGCCCACAAUUACCACCCUCUUCCCGUCGUAUUUGCCCGUGCGAAGGGUACGUCGGUCUGGGAUCCUGAGGGCCGUCAUUAUCUCGAUUUUUUGUCGGCGUACUCUGCUGUCAACCAGGGCCAUUGCCAUCCCAAGCUUGUAGCUGCUCUCGUGGAGCAGGCCUCGCGUCUGACUUUGAGUUCCCGUGCUUUUUAUAAUGAUGUCUUCCCCCGCUUCGCGGAGAUGGUCACCAAAUAUUUUGGCUUCGAUAUGGUCCUCCCCAUGAACACGGGUGCGGAAGCCGUCGAGACGGCGAUCAAGAUUGCCCGUAAGUGGGGUUAUAAGGUGAAGGGCAUUCCUGAGAACCAGGCUCUUGUCCUGAGCGCUGAAAAUAAUUUCCACGGUAGAACUUUUGCCGCCAUUUCUCUGUCUUCUGAUCCCGAGUCGCGCGAAAACUACGGCCCUUAUCUUCCCAACAUUGGCUGCCACAUUCCUGGUACCGAUAAGCCCAUCACGUACAACGAUAAGGCUGCUCUGCGUGAGGCCUUCGAGGCGGCGGGCUCUAACCUUGCUGCCUUCCUCGUUGAACCUAUCCAGGGUGAGGCAGGAAUUGUUGUUCCCGACGACGACUAUCUCCAGGAGGCGCGAGCUCUGUGCGACAAGCAUAAUGUGUUGCUGAUCUGCGACGAGAUCCAGACCGGAAUUGCCCGAACCGGAAAGCUCCUCUGCCACGAGUGGAGUGGAAUUAAACCCGACAUGGUUUUGCUGGGCAAGGCCAUCUCUGGUGGCAUGUACCCUGUGUCCUGUGUGUUGGGUAGCAAGGAGGUUAUGCUCACCAUUGAACCUGGUACCCAUGGUUCCACUUAUGGAGGUAACCCUCUGGCUUGCGCGGUCGCAAUUCGCGCUCUGGAAGUCGUUCAGGAAGAGCACAUGGUCGAGCGCGCAGAGACACUCGGUAAUCUUUUCCGUAGCGGAUUAGAGGCCAUCGGAAGCCCCGUUAUCCAGACCGUGCGCGGCAAGGGUCUGCUCAACGCCAUCGUCAUCGACGAAUCAAAGACCAACGGGCACUCCGCCUGGGAUCUCUGUAUGUUGAUGAAGGAAAAGGGUCUUCUUGCCAAGCCAACCCAUCAGAAUAUCAUCCGCCUUGCUCCCCCCAUUGUUAUCACCGAGGAGGAAAUCGCCAAGGCAUUGGAGAUCAUCAAGGAGUCUGUGGAAGAGCUUCCCUCUCUCUCCGGUGAGGCCGAGGACAAGAUCAUCCCUCCUCCUGAGAAGAAGGUCAAGAUCGGCGUCGAGAACUAGGCGCGCAACGACACAUAAGGGCCGCGACGCUGGGGAUUCAACACUUCGAGAAACGGUAUCCCACAGAUGCCCGAACACACCGAACAGAGGUCAAGCCACGCCCCUGUUAGUCAUCGGUGACAAGGCGCAUCCCGACCGGGAGCAAACGUUGGUGACAAAGAGGACAGCACUGCGAUCGAAAAGCUAUCGCUGUUAUCCCAACGAAUAUUGUUUUAACGAUUCCUUUUAAAGUCCACGUCAGAGGAAGCUUUGAAUGCCGUGUUUUUUUUUUUUUUUUUCUCUUU